UUUAUUUAACAGAAAAUUUACUAGUACAACUUCAUAAUUUAGGUUCUAUGUUCGGGUUUUGCAAAAUAAUGGGAUGGUAUCCUUUUUUGUUCAACAAAUUGUGAAAAUUCGCAAGGCAAACAAAGUCGAUUGGGUAUAUCAGUUUCACCCUUACAUCUGGGGCAUGCAUACUUAAUGGGCAUUGUAAACAGUAUCAAGUCUAUCAACGUAAUGCUUCAUUUCAAUGAGAAAGUCUCCUGUUAUACAAGUUUGAAGUUUGAUAAUUAUUACUAAUGCGGCAUGUUUCGAAUAGACUCCUGUGAUAACACUUGGUACUUUGGGAGACUUGGGUAGCAUUCGAAUACUAGCUAUUUUGAAUCCUAUUCGAAUCCUGUAUUGGAAUCCUACGGAAAGAGACCCGACGUCGGUUGAAUCAGAAGAAAGUAUAGUGCAACUUUGUGCUCAUUAUUAUGCUGCUUUGAUAUUUCAAAAAUUCCGAGUGCUGUCCAGAGAUAUCAGGAAAACCUCGAAAUUCGCCAGAAAUGAUUUUAUUUUUCCAAUACCGCUUGUCAAUAAUAGGCAAUCCUCCUUACGCUUAUAAUCGUUGGUUUGUGUCAAUAUCGGCGCUUGUCAAUAAUGGGCACUCCUCUCGACGCUUAUAAUCCUUGGUUUGUGUCAAUCAAUAGCUGUCUUUCUCUGUUCCUUUACGUUACAUCUUUCUUCUCUCUCGAGUAACGAAAUUUGCCCGUGACGCGUUUUUCAAAUCACUCUCCAUUGUCGUCCAAAUAGCAGAAAGCCGUUUAAGAAGUUUCUUUUCAAAAAUUAUUGAAAUGAAAAUAAUCUUGAUACAAUUUUGGAACAUAAAUAAAAGUUGUAUGAUAUUAUGUUAAGUGUGUGCUGGCGCUAUUUGACUGUGAGUUGGUGGUAUACAGAGAUCAAUGGUGGCUUCAUCUCUGUCAUUCUCAGGAGAAUAAAACAUAGUUUAUACUAAAGCCUAUUUUUAUUCUCAACAAUCAUUGCCAAUAUGGUUAAUAGGACUGUGAGUGCGACUACAAUCUAAAUUGUAUCAAUAUUCAUAAUCAUAAAAAUGAAAUACGUCUGUAUCGUCACCCUUGAAUAUAUAUUUUUUUUUUUUUUCAAUAGAUAUCGAGUAUUUAAAUAGAAACAGAUCUCAAAUUUCCGCAUACUUUUUUCCUCAACCCAUGUUAUUUGUGGAUGAAAUGAAUUAAAAAUUCCACCACAUUGAUUGCAGAUGUGCGGCAACUCCCAUGACGUUACAGGUUAUCCUGGUACUGGCAGAUAUGAAUAGGCUUUUAGAGGGUUAUGAUCCUAUUGAUACUUAUAUUUAGAGCUUAAAGUUGUUGGAGCGUCCAGCCUGUAAGAGACAUUGUUUAGUAUAUAACACUGCAAUUGAAAUGAUACACACCGCUUUCUUUUUCCUGGAAUUCUGUGAACUUUUUGUUCAGGAUGCCUGAAAACCCAAAUGACCUAAUUUAUUUCUGAGCAGGGUGUGGUAGUGGCAACCGGUAUCUUUCUAGCACUUUACUGAGGCUAUUUGGGCCCCUUAUAGGCUACUUCCAGUUUCAACUUGAAAGUGGUUGUGUCAUAUUUUAGUCCUCUAUUAUGUUAUUCCAUAGUUACCGUGAUUUGUUAAAGGAAAAAACAGUUCUAAAACCCCUUCUUCUCGUGUACGUGUACGCAUGUUUGCUGAAUUCGGUGGGUCGGUUGCUCAAGAAUGUGCGAAGUUAGUUUUCUCAUAUCCUUGCGCUAUUUAACUGUUUGCUCUAAAUUAUUUUUUUCGCAUACGCAUUUUCUGCUAUCCUGGUAAUUGUGUCAUAAAAUCAUUCAGUCCUCCGUCCGUCCUAAUACUGGAUAGGUAUGCCACAGCUAAUUUCAAAACGUGCUUCACGCUGAUAGGGUCCUGCUUUGAUGAAAGCCGCUAUGUUUCAAUUCGGUUCUUGAAAGAUGUUUUGACAAGACUAACGUCUUCCUCCUGCUUCACCAGGUGUUGGCUCGGUGCUAGAGACACCGAAGAUGACCAACCCAUUGAUUUAUCGGUGCCUCCAAGUCGCAAUCCUCACACCACCGGCAUGUGGCUGAUAUUGAAGGUCCUGAAAAUAAUUAAAUUAGAUUUAAAAAAUGCGAUUAAUGUCAACUUACCAGCAAAAGUCUAGCUUGCUUCAUCAUGGGGGCGGUGGGAUCUCCAGCCUUUCGUUUGGAGGCUCUCUUGGAGCUGGGUGUUUUGAUGGUGUUGGAUAGCCCCCUCUGCUUUAAAAAUCCCACCACACUGGUUACAGAUCUUGGAAGAUGAUUAGCAAUCCCAUGACGUUUCAGGUUAUCUCCUUCCUGGUGAACGAUUUUGUACAUAAAAUUAAAAAUUCGCUGUUUAUGGAGGUUUGUUUUAAAAUAAAUGAAAAAAUAAAACCAGUUUAAAUUGGUUAAAGAACCUACCUAAAUUUUAGAAAAAGAAAUUUGAGUUUUGUGCAAAUGUAAGUGUAAAAGUAAAUUCAAGUUGCUCCGAAAAAAACUAUUGGAAUUAAAUUAAAAAAUAGGUACUCAGGGUUGUCUGUAUUUUUAAAAAACAAACAAUAUGUUUAUGUGUUAAGGAAAAUAAAAAUAAUUCAAUAAUCGAGGUUUGUGUUAAUUUAAAAUAUGUCUCAGGGCAUGAUUUAUCCUACAUCACUUAGAUAUUUAAAAAUAGUACUUACAGUUUUUCGAAACCGACACUUAUCGCACAAGAAACUAAACUUUGAAAAUCCAGGUUCAAAGUACUGGUACUGGAUGCUGCGUUUUUUGUACAAAGAAUAAAAAUUGAAUCCUCAUCUUUUACAGGUAACAAUGUAUCCACUUAAAUUUUGUAUUGCAUAGGGUUAUUGGCUCAUAAAAUGUCAACGAUGCUAAUGCUAAAAGAAUAGAUUUAUUCUUUUAAAUUUUGAUAAAUCGAUUGAAUUUGUCACCUUUUUUAAAAUAAAAAUGGACAUAUCAAAUAUCUAACUUAAUAAUUACGCCUUAAACUAAAAAAAUAUCUUUAAAAUGUGUUGUUGUUUUUCUCGGGCGAUUUCUGCGAACGGUCCUGAUAUAAUUCAGAUAAAAAAACUGCCAAAUAAGCGUUUACAUUUCACGGUGCUUUUGUAUGUGAUAUCAAAGUUUAAAUCGGAUUUUAUAAUAACAAGCUUCUUUCAGUUUGCUCAAACUCGUCACCAGUGAAAAAUAUAAAAUUAUUGCACAACAAUUAUCAUUUUAACCAACAAAGGAUUAAAAACACUGAGAAAAUUACAAGACCUGAAGCCUGAUAUAGAGUGAAAUUCCCAAUAUUUUGGCAGCGUUUUUUGUAUGUGAUUACUUCGAAGUUUAAAUCGGAUAUUAUAAUAAUUAAGCUCUUUCAGUCUUGUUUGAGACUCGUCAACAACAAUAAAAUUAUUGCACAACAAUUAUCAUUUUAACCAAAUAUGGAUUUGAAAUCAAUCAACAAGACCUGUCUUUUUAUAACAAAGGAUCAAAAACGCUGAGAAAAUUAUAAGUCCUCGUAUAAAGUGAAAGUUCCCAAUAUUUUCUACGAUACAGACCUCAAAAUAUUUGCAAAUCUUUACUGGAACCAAUAAACUAUACAAAUUAAGGUAGAUCAACAGAUGUCAAGCGAAGUUCGAAUUAAAAGGGGUGCCCACAGUGUUGUAUUCUUUCUCGUCAUUAUAAAACUAUUGCACAGCAAUUAUUAUUUUACCCAAGUAAGUAAAUAUCUUAUAUACUUAGGUAAUCGAUACAAUUGUGGCAUAUUUUUAGCUAUGGAUUUGAAAUACUCGUUGAAUUUGACGACAACGCAUAGUGUUUCUCCCAAGACGUACCACCAAAAUGAUUAGAUCAUUAAGCAGUUUAUUGAUGGAAAAUAUUCGCUUUUUGAAAUCGUUGUCUUAAAAAAUGUAUGUUUUUAAUAAAAAAAAACGAGGCCCCUUCCCCAUCAAAUUAUGUUGGUUCCAACCAAGGAUAAUACACACUACUACUACAGGAUAGCCUAUCCUCAUAAGGCCUGUGUGGAACAAAUCCACUCUCUCCCCAACGUUAAAUCACCAGUUGUGACGUAAGCAGCAUGUUAUUUCUCGCCUUGACGUAGGUUGUUUAAACAGCUGAUGGCUUAGUUAUGGCGUCGUAAAUGGUAACACACGAGGUCAAUAAGCAAUCCUGUAGGUGUGUUUCAUCCUUGAGUUCGAACACCCUCUACCAGGUACAACAUGAAGCUAGCUGCUGGACCCUCAUAGUUACGUCACCACCACAGCAUCCUGUUAUAAGACACAUCGAACUUGUCACAUGUACGCUAGAUUGUGCCACCGACACAAACUGACGUAACCCACGAGACCCAGGUCGAACCAUGAAUCGAACUUUGCACUAUGUACUCUAGAUGGUGUCAAGGACGUGACCCAGGUCGCUAUGACGUCAUCACAGAACCCGAACCAUGAAUCGAACUUUGCACUAUGUACUCUAAAUGGCGCCACAGACGUGACCCAGGUCGCUAUGACGUCAUCACAGAACGCGAACCCUGAAUCAAACUUUGCACUAUGUACUCUAAAUGACUCCACGGACGUGACCCAGGUCGCUAUGACGUCAUCACAGAACGCGAACCCUGAAUCAAACUUUGCACUAUGUACUCUAAAUGACUCCACGGACGUGACCCAGGGCGCUAUGACGUCAUCACAGAACCCGAAACGACUCGGAACAAUCCCUUCCAUGCAAACUCCAUAUUACAGGAACCUGUAAUUGCAAGAAUUCACCGCAAUAACCCGGUAUGACGUCAUCACAGGUGACAGAUGACGUUUGACAGGUGACGUUUGACAGGUGGCGUUUGACAGAUGACGUUUGACAGGUGACGGUUGACAAGAUGGCGGGAAAACAUUUCCCCCCCCCCCUUUUUCUGGUAGCCAUAUUAAAAUCCGGGGGCCCCUUUUUGGGGGGCGCAGCCCUGCGGGCCCCCUUUUUGGGGGCGGAGCCCUGCGGGCCCCAUUUUUGGGGGGCGGAGCCCUGCGGGAGCAGGUCCCAUGGCGCCAUCUGUCAACAAGAUGGGGCCAUGGCGGCGCAUCCACCUUCGUGUCAACGACGGCGCAUCCACCACGUGUCAAGAAUGAAAGAUUGAGGUUAUGGUCGGAAUUUGAUAGUCAUACCCCCUUUGAUUAUCUACUUUUAUAGAAAAUUUGUUAAUUUUUGUUGCACUAAUGGCCGUUUGCACCGAUCAUUUUAAGCGAGGUUUAACGAUAAUCAACGUUUCAAGUGAUAUUUUUACAUGUAAAAAUGUCAAUUUAAACGUUGAUUAUCGUUAAACCUCCCUUAAAAUGAUCGGUGCAAACGGCCAUAAAGCGUUUUACACCCCUCCCGGAAAUUACUCCUUCUACUCCGAGUGUUGAAAGUAACUUUAAACUUGCGAAUUUAAAGUUGUUCAAACAAGAAUGUGUAUAGUGGUUUAUGAGUGCGAAAAAGUGAUACUUUCAUGACAUGAAAUGCGUGCGGAAAAGUGGGGUUUCACGUCUCUUUUACGCACUACACUUACAGCCCUUUCCGAACUCCGCUUCCUGUCAUUCGUCUAUUGGUUUGGCGUUCGGGAGAGUACUCUACUAUUGUGUAAUACAGUGGUACUACAUACACAAUGGUACUACUUUGCGCACAUGUUAGGAAAAUAACUAUUUCUGCAUUAGGUGCUUUCCGCAAAAAUAUCAAAAUUUGUUUUGUUGAGUGUAUAGGGAUAGGUAUCUCUACAAAUAUAAGUGCCGAAAAGUCCUUACUACAUUUGGUAGGUAUAUGGGCACAAAUAAUAACUUUCAUCUCGUAAAAAAUAUAGUGUUUCUAACUCGUGUGAAAGUCUCUUUUCCUCACUUGAUUGUUUCGCCCUAAACGCUGCAAUCGCGUGCGGAAAAUGGCACUUUCCGAACUAGUUGUAGUUACAAGAUGGUAAUGUGAGAUACAAAAAAAGUACAUUUUCGGUAUUACAGGUUUCUUUAUUUAUUUAGCUGUCUGAUCUAAAGUCUGUUCCAUUCAUUACAGGUUUCUUCAUGUAACUUUCUGUGAGUUGCUUUUAUCGAGGUUGCUUUAAUACUCAUUACAGGUUUCUUCAUUUAGCUGUUUGCUGCUUCAAUGGAUAGAAUCCUGAAAAUUAAAAAUCUUAUCGUGCGGACACGUCAGGCAACUGUCAAAUUUAUCCUAUCAAAUUUUUUUAGGUUAUCUUUUAUCGGGUCUUUUAUCUUUUACCUCUUCAGCCAAAAUAAAAAUUAAAUUAAUAAAUAAAAUUAUCAGUGGUUUUUGUAAUUUCGAGGUGUGCCACGAUGGGCAGAAGAAUAUUCCUACUAGGAUUAGUCCUAGCCCUGCUAGGCACUCCAUUAGCCGUGGACAAGAAUAACUUCAAAACAUGCGAACAAAGCAGCUUUUGCAGACGUCUAAGAAAGUACGAGCCUGGCAAUAGCGUUUAUCAUUUGGAUUUAUCCAGUUUACAAGUAAACGAAAAUAGUAUCGAAGCUUCUUUGGUUAAUUCUGAGGUGCCUGCAGCUAAUUUGAAGCUGCACCUACAAGCCGUAGUUGGAAAUAUAUUUAGAGUCACUGUGGAUGAAGUUAACGGGCUGCAUCCCAGAUACAAGCCUCAGUUUGCACUUAACGGAGAACCCCAAGUAAACAAGUUGGAAGUGUUGGAACGAAAUUUGGAAACCGUUACGGUGAAGUGUGGCAGUAAUAAAGUUAAAGUUACUGCUAAUCCUUUAAAGCUGGAAUUUUACCAAAGUGAACAACUUGUUGCUGUAGUUAACGGUAAAGGACUGUUUGCAUUUGAGCAUUACAGGAACAAACCAGCCGAAGGAGAAACUGAUGUUCAAAUCAAAGACGAUCCCGGCGCUUGGGAGGAAAAUUUCAAAUCUCAUCACGACAGCAAACCUAGAGGACCUUCAGCUAUUGGUGCUGACUUCAGUUUUCCUGGUUCGGAAAGGGCCUACGGUUUACCAGAACAUGGUGAUUAUUUGCCGCUGAGGACUACCGGAACAGGUGGCAACGAUCCUUACAGGUUGUACAAUUUGGACGUUUUUGAGUACGAAUUGGAUAGUACUAUGGCUACUUAUGGGUCAAUACCAGUUCUAUAUGCUCACGGUACUAAACACACAGUCGGUGUAUUCUGGCACAAUGCUGCAGAAACCUGGGUGGACAUAAACAACAGCAAAGACGGCAACAUGGUGUCUUCCUUAGUGAACUUGGUUAGCGGUUCAAAGACUGAAGCCAACGUUGACGCGAGGUUUAUGAGCGAAAGUGGAGCCAUGGAUUUCUUUGUUUUGAUGGGACCCACUCCUAGAGACGCUGUCAAACAGUACGCUUCUUUGACUGGUGUACACACAUUGCCUCAACUUUUCGCUUUGGCUUACCACCAAAGCCGUUGGAACUACAACGACCAAGACGACGUCACAAAUGUAGUGGCCAAAUUUGACAUCCACAACAUGCCCCUUGACGUCAUGUGGCUGGACAUCGAAUACACCGACAGCAAAAAAUACUUCACUUGGGACCCGAUCAAGUUUUCUCAGCCAGAAAACAUGGUCAGCAACCUCACCGGCACUGGAAGAAAAUUGGUUGUCAUCAUAGAUCCCCACAUUAAAAGAGAGGCGGGGUAUUUUUUGCAUGAGGAUGCUUUGAAAUAUGAUUUUUACGUUAAGAAUAAGGAGGGCAACGUUUACGAGGGUUGGUGCUGGCCGGGAUCCUCAUCGUACUUGGAUGUCUACAAUCCUGCAGCGCAAGAUUACUACAAGAAGCUGUAUAGUUUGGAGUUCUUUAAAGGCACUACCCACGACGUUUGGCUAUGGAACGACAUGAACGAACCCUCAGUUUUCAACGGUCCAGAAGUAACCAUGCCCAAAGACAUGGUCCAUUACGGCGGCUGGGAACACAGAGACGUACACAACGAAUACGCUUCAGCCUACAUCCGCAUCACCCACCAAGGCCUUUUACUCAGAUCUCCCCAUCGCCGGCCUUUUAUUCUAACCCGAGGCCAUUUCGCCGGAUCUCAAAGAUUCGCCGCAACAUGGACCGGAGACAACGAGGCCAAAUGGUCGCACUUGGCUGCCAGUUUACCGAUGUGUCUUUCUGAAGCUUUGAGCGGUUUGAGUUUUUGCGGUGCAGAUGUCGGAGGAUUUUUCCACAACCCCGAUCCAGAGUUGUUGCAGAGAUGGUACCAGGGUGGUAUUUGGCUUCCGUUUUUCCGUGCUCAUGCUCACAUUGAUACCAGAAGACGCGAACCAUUUUUGUACCCGGAUGAAGUUAUGAGUAAUAUCAGACACAGUUUAAGGCUGCGCUAUGCUCAUCUUCCUUUGUGGUACACGUUGUUUUGGGAACAUGAAACAACUGGGGAACCUGUUAUAAGGCCAUUGUUUUACCAUUAUCCUGAAGAUGAAAAGGUUUUGGAUAUUGAUAAUACUGUUUUGGUGGGGCAAUCGGUUCUGGCAAGGCCGGUAACUACAGCUGGGGAGACUUCGGUUGAAGUUUACUUGCCAGGAGGUUCCAAUGCCAAAUGGUACGAUAUAGAGGAUUACAACUUGUACCAGGGAGGUAGUCAUAAAGUUCCUGUUAGCUUAGAUAAGCAUGUAGUAUUCUACAGAGGUGGCUCAAUAAUACCACGCAAAGACCGUCCUAGGAGAUCAUCUACAGUGAUGCACAAUGACCCAUUCACUCUUUACGUGGCUCUAGAUUCAAAUAAUGCAGCCUCUGGUACCUUGUAUGUGGAUGACUAUCAAAGCUUCGAGUAUAAGAACGACAAAAAGUACCUUUAUGUACAUUUCAAGUUUGAAAAUAACAAACUUACAAGCAGUCUUAUAGACAAGACUGACUAUGCCACCGAGGAAUGGAUUGAAAGGGUGAUCAUACUUGGACCAGUGAAUAAACAUGUGUCUAAAGCUAAAAUAACAAGCAAAAGUUUAGGGGUUGCAACUUUGGAAGUUUCCUAUGAUGCCGAAUAUAAAUCUUUGACCAUAAGGAAACCAGCAGUUUCUGUGCGAGAGCCUUUCACCAUCGAGCUUGUGUAAUUAGUAUUCAAAGCUUCUAAUUUGUGAUUUCCUAAUUUAAUUUGUUUAUACUUAAUUUAAGUGUAAAAAAAAUCAUUUGUAGUUGUAAGUUUUCAUUGUUUCAUUAAUUCUAGUAGUGAUUGGUGCUUGAAGUUGUAAGGCAUUUGGUUGAAUAAAGAAAAGACCGUUUUUUCUUUCUAA